AUGUCGAAGAAAAUCAAUUCUUUAAAUUGGCAAUCAGUUGCAUUGGAGGGAGUUCCGACUUCUACGUUUGACAAUUUACAAGGAUUUGUAGGUUUGGAAGAAUGUACAGACUAUGGUACGGACAAAAAUAAUAAAAGAAAGAAGAAGAAUACUGAACCUAAAAAACGAAAGCUUGAGAAAAGUAACUCACAAGCCCCAAAGACAGAAGUACCACAGAAAAAAAUUAAACUUAGCAAUGGUUUUGUUGUAGAGUCGUGUAGUAACAUUACACCUUCUGUAACUAAUCAAGUAGAUAAAUUCAGUAAAAAUAAAAAGAAACCAAAUAAAAAUAAGAAGAAGAACCGUAAAAAUAAAGAAAAUAUAGUAGUAGAAAAUAAAGAUGAAGAUAAGCUGAAAGUUAUAGACAAAAAAGUUAAGAAACCAAAAUUAGGUGAAAAUAUAUUAGUUGCAAAAUCUGAUCUCACACCAGAAGAUAUGUUGUCUUGGGCAGAAUUUAAAUUGCCGGAGGAAAUUUUAAAAGCUUUAAUGGAAUUAGGUUUUAAAAACCCAACCAAAAUUCAACAGUUGUCAUUACCUGCAGCUUUACAUGGUAGAAGAGAUAUUUUAGGUGCAGCUGAAACCGGUAGUGGUAAAACAUUAGCUUUUGGUCUUCCUAUACUAUCUGGUAUUAUGAAACUUAAAGAAAAGGCUUCUUUAAAAGGUUUAGAUGUUUAUGAUAUACCAUACAAGAAGAGUUCAGUCAAAAAGAAUGAAAUAGAUACAAAGAAAGAGAAGAAAGUAAAUAAAAAUAGAAAGCAAAAGAUAAAGAAAGAAGAAAUUAAGGAAUCAUCAGAAGAUGGAUAUAGCAGUGGUGAUGAAAACGAGACUAAGCAAAGAAGUGAAAAUGUAGAAGAUGAUUUUGUAGAAGAAAUUGUUGUUCCUUUAAGGAAAAGAGAAGAAUCAGCAGAUGAAGGCAAUGACAGUGAUGACGAAAAUUAUGUACAUCUAUCGGAUAUGCUAGAUUCUGAUGAUGUGAAAUCAAGUGAUGAGAGUGAAAAUGAAGUAGAUAAUGAUAAUAAUGUGGAGUCUGAUGAUGAAAGUGAAAAAGAUGAUGAAUUUGGCAAUGAAAUUGAUGAAGGUGAUGAAACUGAUGGUGUUGAUGAAGUUGAUGAAAGUAGUCAAGGCAUUGGCUGUGUAAAAGUCAUCGACAAUAUAGAUUUGCCUGGACAAGUUAUGGUUAAAACAGGAAAACCAUUGUAUGCCCUAAUAUUAACUCCAACAAGAGAGCUGGCCAUACAAAUUAGCAGACAUUUAAUCGCAGCAGCAAAAUAUACUGGUAUCAAAAUAGCAACUAUCGUGGGUGGGAUGGCGGCUGUGAAGCAGGAACGUGUGUUGAAGUCCGGGCCAGAAGUGGUUGUUGCUACACCAGGCAGGUUGUGGGAGCUGUUGGGUCAAGGCCAACCGCACUUACAACAAAUGGCCUCUGUUAAAUUCCUAGCAAUAGACGAAACAGAUCGUAUGAUAGAACGCGGUCACUUUGAAGAAUUAGAACCCUUAUUAGAAAGACUCAAUUCAGAAGAAACUCAUAAGAAUGCUCGACAGAAUUUCGUAUUUUCUGCCACUUUGACAAUGGUACAUGAUCUGCCUGGACAUAUGAAGGGGAAAAAGGUGACAAAAAGAGGUAAAAUUAUAAAUCGAAAAAUAGAAAAAAUGACAGCGCAGCAAAAAAUCAAGAGAUUGAUCAACAUGAUUGGUAUGACUGACCCCAAAGUUGUGGACAUCACUACACAAAACUUAGGUACAGCAGAUACUUUAACCGAAUGCAGGAUAGCUUGUUCAUUGGAUCAAAAAGAUGCUUAUUUAUAUUAUAUAUUGAAGAGACACCCCGGACGGGCCAUUGUGUUUUGUAACUCUAUCGGUAGCGUUAGAAGAUUAGCUCAGUUAUUAACAUUAUUGAAAUGUCAUCCACUACCGUUGCACGCGAGUAUGCCGCAACGACAAAGAUUGAAGAAUCUUGAAAGAUUUAGAGACGACCCGUACGGUGUGCUCGUGGCUACGGACGUGGCAGCCCGAGGGCUGGAUAUACCAGAUGUGGACCACGUCAUACAUUAUCAAGUGCCUAAAACUGCUGAGAACUAUGUCCAUCGCAGCGGUAGAACGGCCCGCGCCAAUAAAGAAGGUUUAACGAUACUAAUGAUGGAGCCGGCCGAAGCGUACUCUUAUGCGAAAUUGUGUAGGACUUUGAACAAGACAUCCGAAAUACCAACAUUCCCUGUACCACCAUCUAGUUUAUCUCCCAUUAAAGAUAUGAUUAAUUUAGCAAGAGAUCUAGAUGCUUUGUUGUUGAAGAAGAAGAGAGUGACUCAAGCGCAGGGAUGGAGGGAUAAAGUGGCCAAAGAUUUGGACAUGAUCUUAGAUGAUGAUGAUGUUCCCGCAGCAAAUUACGAUCCGAAUAUAGAUAAAGCUGUAAAGGCCAAGAAACGUCAGUUAGAAAUAUUGAUGUCAAGACCGCUCUUUCCAAAGGGAUUUUCCUUCAAAUACCCCACUUUGAACCAACCAGAUGCUUUGAAUCCGGGUACUGAAGAUGCUUUACAGGUAAUGAAAAAGGCGCUAGAAACGGGACAGCUGAAGAAAGAAAAGCGUAAAAGUAAAAACGAGCCACUUUUGAAAUUACAAAAAGCUUUUAAACAACAGAAAAAAGUUCAA